GACAGGACAACUAAAAAUAAAGUUAAACCCUCGCGAGAAUCCGGAUAAGCGAGGCAGGCAAAGAAACCAAAACAUUUCUCAUUCGGCAGUUUUGCUUGCAGCCUUCUACUUCACACUUUGGCGCCAGUCGUCCGCCAAAAGCUAAAGAGAUAGAGUGGCGAUGGCGUUUGGGCUAACGCUAAUAUCAAGCAGAAACUUAUUCUUCACCGUCCCCCAAAACCCUUACCCUAAAACCCAAACCCCAAUUCUCUCCUCAGCUCCGACUCCCCAUAACUCGUCUUUUGUCAUCAACAAACGACCGCGUUCCAUUCGAACGCCGAAAUGCUCCGUCGAUUACAGAGACCAACACUACAACCUUCAAGCAUCGUACCCAAAACCCUCAGAAAUCCCUUGGAGCAAGGACCUCUGUAAUACGGUGCACCUCAUCGGCUAUGUCGGCGCUCCCGUUGAAAUCAAGCACUUGCCAUCGGGGAAAGUCCUGGCUUGGACGCAACUUGCAGUCAAAAAAUCCCCUACCGAAACCACAUGGAUUAAUUUGACAUUCUGGGAUGAGCUGGCGAAUACUGCGUAUCAGCAUGUCGAGAAAGGGCAACAAAUAUAUGUUUGUGGCCGUCUAAUUUCGGACACGGUUGAAAGUGAAGAUGGCAAACGGCAGACUUAUUACAAGAUAGUUGUCCAACAAAUGAAUUUUGUGGAAAGGAACUUCCUCUCAAUGGCUUCAUAUGAUCGUGGGUUAAGUGGGAUGCCAAAUAGGAAAUUUGGCAACAAUGGAGCGAAUAAUAUGGGCUCUACUGUGGAACUAUGGCAAGCUUUUUUUGCUAAUCCUGCAGAAUGGUGGGAUAAUAGGAAGAACAAGAGGAGCCCAAAAUCUCCAGAUUUUAAGCAUAAGGAUACCGGAGAAGCACUAUGGGUUGAAGGUAGGAAUAAUCCACACUGGGUGAAGUCCCAAUUGGCAAUACUGGAUUCUAGAAUGAGCUCUCUCAAAGAUGAGGAUGAAAGGAUGCACGCUUCAAUGGCUGGUGAUAAUCUCAUGCCUUUCUAAUGGUUUCUAGUCCUGUGUUUAUAAUGUUGCUAUAAGCUGAUUACCCUUGGCACGGUGCUGACAUUUUCCACGAGGAAGUUUUUGUUAAGUCUCAAUAGCCUUCAGAUGUAUAGUCUGUCUUGUAAAACAUUGAUCUUCUGCAAGUUCUAGUUUUAUCUGCUUUCGUUUGUCUUCUUGAAUUUCUGAAAUAUGAUCAAUUAUGUUUCUCA